UUAAGUCCUGAAUGCAAACUUCUUCGGCUUUUUGCAGCAAGCAGAAAAAGGAAAAAAAAAAAGCCCCUGCUAAUGAGCCCCGUCAACUGCAAAAACUUCACAACACGCCUUUCUCCUGCAGCAAAUAACACGGACCGAAGAAAGAGGCGAGCAGAGGCAACCUGGAUCUCCCGGAAGGCUUUCGCGGCAACAUCAAGCAGCCUCAGCAGCCCCGACGGGACCCGACCAAUAGAGAGCAAGAUCGGCCGGCCAGGGGCUGUCCCGAUUGGCGCAAAGGGCCGCCGCUCAAGCAAAGCUGAGUGCAGUUUGGAAUUGGGGAGUUUAGCCGACUUCCUCGGCGAAGGCGCGACGUGGCGGAAAUGGCUGGCAAGAGUCAGGAGCAGAGCAUUCAAGAAGAAUUAACUUGUUCAAUAUGCUAUGACCUCUUCAGAAACCCUGUCAUGCUGGAAUGCAUGCACCAUUUUUGUAAAGAGUGUAUCCUGAAAUAUUGGAAUGGAUGCUCCAGAAUUGCCACUUGCCCCCAGUGUCGGCAAACGUUUCCUUCCCGAUCUUUUCAUCCCAAUUUCAUUGUAUCUAAUAUAGUGGAGACAGUUCGAAGAUCUGCCUCUGAGGAGCACAGAAGAAAAACCAAGAUGGAGCUCCAAAAGGUCCUUCAGACCUUCCAGAUGAAACGCGAGAAACUGUUGAAGAUGAAGCAAAAGAAUGAGGAAAAUAUCAAUUACUUGGUGAAAACAUCUGGGAAACUGAACUCAGAGGUCCAUGCAGCAUUUCAACAUCUUCAUCGGAUCCUACAAGAGGAGGAAGGAAGGAUGCUGACAGAACUGGCUAGAGAAAAGCAGCAGUACAUGCUGAGACUGGAAAACGCUUCUGUACGAUUAACAGAAGAGAUCUCUGAGUUGAAGAAGAGCAUGGAGCAGAUACAGCGUAGGCUGGAAAACUCUGAGAUCUCAUCGGGGCUGCAGGUGGAAACUCUGCCUGUCAGACCAGCAGUGCAACUAGAAACAUUGACUUUGUUUCAAAAACACUACAAGGAGCUGCGUGACAGGCCCUUGCAGUACAUAAUUUGGCGAAAGAUGCUGAAAUCCAUCAUCCCAGCUCCUGCUGUUCUGACCCUGGAUCCAGAAACGGCCCACCCCAACCUCAUCCUCUCCAAAGAUCUGACUUCAGUGACAGAGAGGGAGUCACCUCAGGCGGUACCCAGAAGCCCCAAACGUUUCCUGCAGAGCGUGAACGUGUUGGCCAGGGCGUCCUUCAAAAGCGGGCAGCAUUACUGGGAAGUCUGGGUGGGCAACAAGACGAAGUGGGAAUUGGGAGUGGCUUCAGACAAUGUGGACCGGGCAGCAAAAGUCCGUCUGUCCCCAGAAAAUGGCUAUUGGACAAUAAGACUGUGGAACAACUCCGAGUAUUGGGCCGCGGCAACUCCCUGGGUACGUUUGGAGCCCCAGUGCUUGCUAAAGAAAGUGGGGGUAUUGUUGGACUGCAAGGCCAAAAAGCUGACUUUUUAUAACGCUGAGGACAUGUCAUUCCUCUUUACUUUCCACCAGUUGUGGGCUAGCAAAUUCUAUCCUUUUUUCAGUACCGGUUUCAGUCAUGGCGAGAAGAACGCAGAGCCCAUGAGGAUCUGCCAUCCUCUCAGGCUCUGAAACCAUCCCAUUUCACAGGACAUGGUGGGUACUUCGGUUUCUUUCUGCCUUAGCGCUAUUACAAUACUGUUUAUCCUCAUAACUGACGCUGGUAAACGUUCAUUGAGAUUUCAAACUACUUACACAACGGACAUAAGCAGGCAUGAGAGUAUCACAUCUCCUCCUGGAUUCUGAGGAGAUUCAGUUAGUCCAAAGAGAUUGAAAGCAGCCUUUUUUAUGAUGCAGGACUAAGAUGCUGAAGAAUUAGAUUGUAUCUUUAAAGGAACCAGCCAGAUUCACAAAUUCCAGACUGAAGGACAGCUUUGUAGUGCAGAGGAAGAUUUCCCCAAUUUUGCUGCAUAGCUUUCAAAUCGAAAAACAAGGUGUGUUUAUGUUACUUCAAAAUAUAAUGGUAGAAUAGCCCCUUUUAAAUCACUUUAAAGGAGCAUUUUGUAAAUGUGUGUUUUAUGGACAUGAAAGCAAGACCAUUUUAUGUGGGAACUGAACUGGGAGCAGUAUGUCAGCUUGUACUUCAACAUAUGAUUCAGAAUAGCAGCACAGUGAUUUUGGUAAUAACCAUGGCAAAUUGGAGGACAGGGUAGUUGCAUUGGAAAUGGGAGAUGCGGCUCUGCACUGUUGAAAGGAGGAAUUUUGAGGCUGUGAUAAAGCUUCACCAAUAGCUUAGUGUUUGCCAGGGAUGUAUAAGAAGCUACUCCUGGCACCCGUACUAUUACCGGUAGUACAGAGUAGUAUGUACAAUUACAUAUUUUCCUUAUAAUAAAAUCAAAUGAACCUAUUGCUAUGCAAUAUUAAAAUAAACAAAUGUGUAU